AUGGCGGCCAAUUCCAACAUCCCAGCAGGGCAGGCGUCAAAUAUGACACCCGACUACGAGGUCAAGCUCCUGCUUAAACCUGACGCAGUCCUUAACUCUGGCAAUGAGCUCACAAGUGCCGUCUUGGCGGCGUUCGAUGUCCGCCCAGGAGUGAUCAACCAGACCGUUCAGUAUCUUGACACAAAUGAAAAGCACCUAUAUUCCAAGGACUGGAGUGCACGCGUCCGCAAGACUGAGAACGAGGAUGGAUUGGAAUUAACGUACAAGAAACGAUAUGCCAUCACAGCCAACAACAUCGAUGCCACGCUCACCAAAGCCAAUGAUGAUGGUUUCAAUGCCAGCGAGGGAAAAUACGACGCUCAAGUCGAAUGGGGGUUACAAAAAGCAAACACUGUCUAUCAGCCGCAAAAAGUCGGCUGA